AUUAUACACAGCUUUUGGAUUAGAGCGUUUUGUGAUUCUCGCAGUGCAGCGUGGGAUAGCGGAGGCGCAACCGACCGAGAGAAAUGGUGAGUGAGGAAGAGAAAAAUAAUAUAUUUUAUAACUGUGACUAGACAUCCUUAUGGCUUUUUGCUACUUUGGUAAAGUAAAUGUUGACAUGUAGAAACCGUUAAUUCCCUCCAUUAAGACAUAUGGUUGGGAAACGCUUGAUAUGGAACCCCUUUGUUUCGCAGGAUAUUAGGCUAACGGUAACUAGCAAGUCAACAAGGCUACAGUAGCUGCUUAACUGCAAUCAGCGUUUAGUUUUAGUCCAACUAGACGAGCUAAUUCUAGAUAAACGUUCACUGUCGGACUUGUUAAAAAGAAAGGAAACUAGCUAACUUUAGGCUAGAUCUCUCAUUUCGCUAGUUAUCUAGCCUUGGUGACACUCGAACACACUUGCAAUAUCCAUAGAAACUAGGUUACGUUAGCUAGCUACUGCCCAGAUGGCUAGCUAUUAGCUUGUUGGCAAGUGAACGUACAUUACCACACGUCAGUGAAGCAUUGAGUGAAUGGGCUAGCUAGCUAACGUUGGCUGGCAUCUACUACUGUUAGUUAGCUAACUGAACAAGUAAUUAAAUAUUAACUGGCUAUUUUUUGCUGACUAGCUAGCUAGCUACCCAAACAUUCCAUUUGAUAUUUAACUAGUUGCAAACUAACGUUAUACAGUUGCCAGCUUGGUAGCUAACUAGCAUCGAUAUGUAGUUAGCUAGCGACUAACUUUGGAAGAUUUGUAAAUCGCUCUGGAUAAGAGCGUCUGCUAAAUGACGUAAAUGUAAGACAUACCGUUAACCAGUCAAACUUGUGGCAAGUUUAGGUAAAAUCAGCUUAUAGUCAAAACCGUCAAACAGUUUGUCAUUUUGUCAGUCAACAGAAAUGUAGCAUUUUCCUCUUCAGGUUGAAGGCUAGUUCCAACAUCUCGUCGCUGUCUUUUCAAACAUGGGUGGAACUGGGAUUUACAGUUGGUGGUGCGGUCUUCACCAAUUGACUUUCCAUGAUCCCCCAACCUUAGCCCCAAAUUUACUCCCUUACUUUAAUAAAACUGUACUUUACCCACUAUUCUCAAUCCCUACAUGUUGUCGACAUUAUUGGGGGCCGGCCCAGGCCUGAGGCCUUUAAUUAGAGAGAUGUCUCUAGCACUUCUAAUGAUGAAUGAGCAUAUGUUGCUUUCACAGCUGCCACCCGGCAGGAGCCUAUGGUGGCCGAUUUGGCUGCGGUUUUAUAAUAAUAAUAAUAUGCCAUUUAGCAGACGCUUUUAUCCAAAGGUUUUCCCCUCUACUGAGAUUUUUUAACAUCUAACAGUUACAUUGGUUCAAGAAAGGCUUCCACAUAUACAAAUCACAGGCCAUUGACUACUAGACAAUGUUUAUCAGUCCUAUUCCAGUGUUUCUUAUUGUUCACUGACACUGGUCUGUUAGUUAGCUAGCAAACAGAGAGCAACGGCAUAGUGGUCCCUGGUACUAAAAGUUUGGGAAACUCUUAUUUUUAUUAUGUCUUAUCCCCUUAACUUGCUGUUGUCUUAGGAUGUGUUUCUGAUGAUCCGGCGUCACAAGACGACCAUCUUCACUGAUGCCAAAGAGUCCACUACGGUCUACGAGCUGAAGCGCAUAGUGGAGGGUAUUCUAAAGAGGGCACCGGAGGAACAGAGGCUCUACAAGGUAUAUACAGUGCAUACCCCUUGUGGAGGACAGCUACAAAGUGGGGGAGUAAGAUCAGGCCAAUUAAAGUCAUUUAUUCUAUUAUUUUUUUUAAAUAUUAAAAAUGUAAUUUCCCCCCCUUCUGAUAUAGAAAUUCCCCCAGUCUAGGAGGAAGUUGAUUUAUUAAACCAAAACUAUCCCCCAAAGUCUGUUCUUCUCUUUUUGUUAUUUCUCUACUGCCCUCAUUUGUGAUGUGUGUGUAUAUAUAUAUAUUAGUUGUGGGCAUGGAUUAAAUGGUGAACUGUAUGUGCAUUCAUGAUGGUGUUAUUACAUAUCUACCCUCUGUUCUGACAUCUCUCUUGUGUCAGGAUGACAUGUUGCUGGAGGAUAGUAAGACUCUUGGAGACUGUGGCUUCACAAACCAGACAGCCAGACCUCAGGCCCCAGGGACUGUUGGAUUAGCUUUCCGUCUCGGGGGUGAGUAUUCAUGUUUCUGUCACGUAGUAUCUGUCCCGUGUUUCAAAACUUUCACUCUGUUAUAUUCAGAUGUUGAGCUGUAUCUGUCCAUCAGAAUGGCUGUGAAAUAGUUUGUUGUGUGAAAAUGUAACAGAAACACAUUGCAACUUCCUUGCACCCCUAUGUUUCUCCCUCUAAUAAUGCCUCUUGCUUCCUCUGUUUCACUUUGAUACUAUUCACUCUCUCCUUAUCAAACAAAUCUCUCCCUCUCUUUCAGAUGAUGCAUUUGAGCAGCUGAGGGUUGAGCCCUUCUCCAGCCCCCCAGAACUCCCUGACGUCAUGAAGCCUCAGGACUCUGGCAGCACAACCAAUGAGCAGGCCGUGCAGUGAAGGAAGCGGGGGGGGGGGG